AUGAACGGGCCUGGGUGUUGGGAGGCCACCUCUAGACCGUUCUGGGGGGAGGUGGGCGGGGGCGCCGGGGGGGCCUGGAGUUGCCGCCGGUUUUAUGCCAUUGGCCGCAUCACUUUGUCCGCUCCGGCCAAGGCCGAUGCCGGUGGGGGUCUUCUCGCUUUUCUCCAGCCGCUGGUGCUGCGCGUGUGCAAGCUGUGCUGCGUCGUACCUUCUCUUGGUCUUCUCCUGUUUCUGCUCCGCUCUCCCAUCCGUCGCUCCAGGCAAAGCCGAUUAAAGCAGAAAGUUGCCGCCAUUGUGGGAUCACUUGUCGCGGCUCCCCUAGCCCUGAUCUGGUUGGGCUGCGGGGGCGGUAGUUCGGCCUCAGGACGCUCAUGCAUUGCCAUCGGAACAAUGCGUCCAUGGGAGUCGGGGGGCGGGGGGGUGUCGCGGGUCCGUUUGACCCUCUUGGGUUGUGUCGGCUGGGGUGAUAAUGGUUGCGGGUCGGGCUACAAAGAGGCUCGCGGAGUGUCAGAUAGAGAUGGAGGGCCUCCGGCCGUCCAUAGCGUCCGCAACGGACAAACGGAGUUCAGGGGGGUCUUGGGACACCUACAGUUGUGGGGUGGUGGGGUUUCGGAGCGCCACCAACAAGACUUUCUUCAUCACUCCCCACUGAUGUCGGGGGCUGUCGGGUGUGGGGCCGGUGGCUCCGGCCUGGGCUGCGUUGGCCUUUUGAAGCGCAAAUGA